AUGCCAGACCUAUCAGAAGAAUCCAGUUUCUACGGUUCGGAGGAAGAGACAACACGUCUAGAAGAAGAAGUGUCCAAAUUCAACAUAGACAACUACUGGACAAACAUCCAUCCCCAUGAGUACAAUACCAUCAAGCAAAACGUCCUCGCAGCCCGAGGAACCAUGCCCUCAUCGUCAUCCGAUGCAUCAGAUGCACCCGAGCCCAUGGACCUCACAACUUCACACCUCUCCAGCGAACCCCCAUCAACUCCAAUCCCCACCCACGACUUCGACGUCCCCAUCUCAAGCACAGACACAACCCCAAUCAGACACAACCGCCCCUCACCUAACGAACCUAUCUCAUCCUUCCUCGCCCGUCUACGCCCAUCAUCUACCCUCUCCACAUCCCCCACGGGGUCCUGGAUCUAUACCACUAGUUAUAGCUAUGAACAGCCGCAAGCAGAUAUCAAGAAGCUAGUGGCAGAAGGGACGAAAGCACUCCAUGCUCAUGAAGAGGCAAUCGCUCAGGUGCGGGCCCAACACGCUAAAAAGCCAAAGAAGACGCAGACACCUGCUGCGCUGACGCGCGAACUCACUAAGCACCGUGUAAAUUUGGAAAGGGAGAUCUUCGCUCUGGCUAAGGAGACCAACGUGGUGUCCGGUAAAUGGUUGCUUUUCGUCUCUGCGGAGAAGGUGGAUGAGGUGUGGGCUGUCGUGGCGGAGGCUACGGCGAAGGGGGAGUUGGGGUUCGGGGCGAAGGUGGCUACUGCUGCUGCUGAUGUUGCUGCUGGCGAUGGAGGUUCAAACAAGACGAGGUUGAUUUGUAUUUAUACGAAGGACUAUGAUGAUAGAGCUGAUGUGGAGAGGGUAUUGAGGAAGAUGGCGGCCUUGGAGCUGGUGGAUUUGGAUGGACGGCCGAUUUAUUAUAAGUGUGAUGCGUAUACGCAUUUGGAUAUCAAGGGGGGGAAUGUGUGGGGGUUGAGGGCGAGUAUGUACUCCAGUCGGGAUUUUGGGAAGAAGUAA